GGGGGAGGAGAGAGUGGAGAGAGUCAAGGAGACUAAGGAAAGAGAGGAUACAGAUGAGAGACCAGAGAAGAGAGAGGUUAUCAGCAGGCCUCCAGACACAAGCACCAGUAUGUCUGUCUCUCAGCCCCAAAAGCCACCUCUGCAGGAUGAUGUGUUGGUGAUGCAAUCACCUGUCCAUCCCUCAUCUGUCUCUGAGCCAGCUACCUCAGCCCUGGCGUCACCCCCUCUCCCUCAUCCUCACCCGCCCUCUCAACCUCACCCCACAGUGUCACAUGACAUUAAGGUUCUGAACCAAGGUGCUAAACCAAUCCAACCUACCCAAACUGUUGAAAUCCAUAAACCUUUAAAAGUCCCAACUACUUUCCAUGAGACAUCACAGACGACCCCAAUGCACCCAGUAUCACUAAGUCUCUCAGUUGCCUUCCUCAGUGAACCCCACAAGCCCCUGUGUGUAACCCCAGUGAAACCAGCACCCAGUCCGAGCCUAAAGAGCCCUGUCUCUCUGGAGGCUAGACAACUUCUCAGACCAGUGGACAAAGAGACCAAAGAGUCAUCCAAUCACAGCAACGCAAAAUUAUCUUCAUCAUCUGCAUCAUCAUCGUUACACCUGUACACCAAUGUGGAGGUCCCCAUCACUGUGUUUGUAGCUGACCUGGGUCCAUUGCCAAAGAACCACAACAACUACCCAGAAGAACUACCAUCAUCAUCAUCACUCCCAUACACAAAGAAACACGUCUUCACCACUGGGUCUGAACCAGACAAAGACAUUGUAUCUGUCUCUGAAUGUGACCUAGGUUCUUGUCCAAUGACUCACAACAAGUACAACCAAGAUGAGCCACCACCAUCACUCCCAAACAUAGACACUAGGUCUGAACCAAACACAGACAUUGCAUCUGUCUCUGUAUCUGAUCUGGGUUCAGUGCCAAAGACCUUCUCCUUCUCCUGCAGCUCUGAGAGCACCCAAUCCUCCUACUCCUUCGACACUGAGUCAGAGCCUGGAUACGGGGCACCUAGCCCCCCGGGACACCUGGAGGGGGGCACAUCUCUGCCCCGACCCCCACCGAUCAUCCAGAGGAGGGAGCGGAAGAAGAGGAGUAGGUGUGGAGGGUGUGAGCCGUGCCUGAGGAAGAUCAACUGUGGGCAGUGUAGCUGCUGUCUGAACCGCAGGACUGGACACCAGAUCUGUAAGCUGAGGAAGUGUAUGGAGCUGAGGAAGAGGAGGCCAAUGUCACUGCUCACACUAAUAUCUACUCAGGUGGGGUGCAAGGAUGUGGCCAAACCAGCGUUAAAGAAACCAGUUUCCACGGUGGUUCCAGAGGACAGCUCAGUUAAUGGCAGAGGCCCAGUCCAGAUGGCAGAGGACACCUAUACAGCAGCGGAGGACGACGAGGAGGGUCACAUACCUCACACACACCACUUCACACACCCUCCCCACACCCACACUCUUGCCCCAAUCCGUGAUGGACUACCAGCAGCACUUAUCAAGAGAGAGCCUGGACUGGAGGACACCAACGAUGGCCGACCAGCAGCACUUAUCAAGAGAGAGCCUGGACUGGAGGACACCAACGAUGGACUUCUUCUACAACACCACUGCACUUCUUCUGGGACUUUUCACAACGGUGCUAAUGAAAACAUGGCUAAAACCAACGGUGCUCAACUGAUUGCCGGUCCGGAUUCAGAUCCGGUGUCACCAGAGUCCCAAAAUACUACAAUACAAUUAGAGUCCCAAAGUACUACAAAAAACACGUUCCCCAAAGGCAGCUCUGAGCUGGAGGAUGCACUUCCGGACAACACCAUAGCUGUUCCUCUGAAGAAGAUAAAGUUGGAGGAACCGUGGGUGUGGUCCAUGGACCAGUCCUCCACCCCACUAGGGGGCGAUGAUGACGAUGUCUAUGAGGACGCUUUGUCCACGCUAGCAGCCGUGGUGUGUUUCUCUAUCACAGACAGGAAGGGUCUGGAGGAGAAGUUGUGUAGCUCCCGUUCCCCGGUGCUACACUCAUUCAAAACAGAGCCGGAGGACUUUAAGGAGGACUUUAAGGAGGACAUUUGCCUGAAAAGCCAAUCAUCAUUGAUCAAGCCCAUAAGUCCACGAAAAGCUCUCGACAUUAUUGUCAAACGAGAGCAACCCUCUCCAGAUCUCUCUCAGCCAAGCAUCCAGUCUUUGGUAGAAGAGAGGAAUAUUAGCAAUGACCAGGCUAUCGCUAUCGAGGCGCUAACCUUACUGGCAGCUAUACCACAAAACUCCCCAGAACCCUUUAGACCUGACGCACAGGGUGAAAACCCCACCACACCCUCCAUGCACUUAUCCAACAGAAACACCCUUCUCCAGGACUCCAACAAAGUUCUAGUGAUCAGCUCCCCUCUGCACCAGACCUCAGUCAUAUGCUCCCCUCUACACCAGACCUCAGUCAUACGCUUCCCGGUGGCCAGACAGGCUCAUGUCAUCCAGUGUCAUUCCCAUAGCCCCACUGCCACUGGCAACCUGUCCCUACAGGACCUGCUAGAAGCCAGCUCGGACUGUGACAGACUUCCCUACAACAGCACUGAGAGAGGAGGACAACACCUGUACAGGAGAGCAGACCAAGGCCUUGGUUCUCAACAUAACAGGGGCGAAGGCACUUUCAGAGAACGGAAAGACAUGGAGAAGAACAGCAAGGAAACAACAGAGAGGACGGUGGAUAAGAGCGGGAGGAACAGGGAUGAGGAAGAGGUGGCGGCUCAACUUGCCGAGUUGGGGUUCAUCAUCCAAUCACGUCAUAAGCAGCAGCAGGGUUUCCACCCCUCCCAGCACUCGGAGAACAACCCUCCCAGAGGAACUCCAGUCUCGGCCAUCAAGUACAACUACAACUCCCAACAUGCACCCCCCAACCACAAGAAGAACCCUGUGAAGAAACCCAGGACCACACUUUCCAAACCUAGGAAGAAGAAAGGGAUGGAGGGGGUGGAAGAGGAGGGCUACAACCCCAACAACCAUACCCCCCUGUCCAAACGAACACCCAACGGCAAGACCCCCCACAGAGCAAGGGUCCAGAAGGUUCUGCCCAAGCCGAAGGCAUCAUCGCUCAGCCACAAGAGGAGCCAGUUCCUGCCUCAUGCCCAGAUGGAUCUGAAGAGGUACCUGACUGAGGCUCAGGAGGAACGACGGCAGCUCUUUUACUACAGUAACGCCCACAGUGGGGUCAAAUACCACAAAACCUCUGGAGCCGUCGAUCGUGGGCGAAGUCAAGGUUAUGGUCAUGACAACCAACAGUGGUCGCAUUUCAACGGUCACCUGGACCCUUUACAAGGACAAGGAGUUGGACACGGACAUGAGUGUGAAAGAGGAUUGUAUUCUCAUGUAUCGCAGCCCUAUGUUGGGCAGCAGCACGGUGCUAACCUAAAGGCUAGCUCCACCAACCCCAGUUUCACCAGUUUAGAUUCUAACAACCACAGAUCCGGGUUGAACCAUGGUUUAUCCAACGGCUAUUCCUCUGGGGGUCAACAGCAGGGGUAUUACAAAGUGGAGAGGUCCGGUCCGGUCACCGUCUUGUCCACAUCAACUAACGCCGAUUUGGAUCUAUCGGAGGAGUCGACGCCCACCAAACACAACGUGAACAGCUUCCUGGAAUCGCCCCUCAGGUUCCUGGACACGCCCACUAAGAAUCUGCUCAGCACCCCCUCCAAGAAACUCUCUGAGAUCCCCUCCUGUGGCUGCAUGGAGCACAUCGUAGAGAAGGAGGAGGGUCCGUAUUACACUCAUCUUGGUGCUGGACCCAGUGUGUCAGCCGUCAGAGAGAUGAUGGAGAACAGGUAUGGAGAGAAAGGGAAGGCAGUAAGAAUGGAGGUGGUGGUGUACACUGGGAAAGAAGGACGCAGUUCCCAGGGCUGUCCCAUCGCCAAGUGGGUGAUCCGACGGGGCAGUGAGGAGGAGAAGCUGCUGUGUCUGGUGAGACACCGAGCAGGGCACCGCUGUGAGAGUGCUGUGGUGGUGAUCCUCAUCUUGGCAUGGGAGGGCAUCCCCCGGGGCAUGGCAGACAGUCUGUACCAGGAGCUCACCCAGACUCUCUGUAAAUACGGCUCCCCCACCAGCCGGCGCUGUGCCCUCAACGAGGAUCGGACGUGUGCUUGCCAGGGUGUGGACCCGGACACCUGCGGCGCUUCCUUCUCCUUCGGCUGUUCCUGGAGUAUGUACUUCAACGGCUGCAAGUUCGCCCGCAGCAAGAUCCCCCGCAAGUUCCGCCUGCUGGGAGACGUACCGCAGGAGGAGGAGAAGCUGGAGCAUCGUCUGCAGAACCUGGCUACAGACCUGGGUCCUGUCUACCAGAGACUGGCCCCGGAGGCUUUCCAAAACCAGGUGGAUCUGGAGCAGGCGGGCCAGGACUGCAGGCUGGGUCGGAGGGCGGGCCGACCUUUCUCCGGGGUCACAGCAUGUGUGGAUUUCUGCGCCCACGCUCACAAAGACACACAGAACAUGAACAACGGCAGCACUGUGGUUUGCACUUUAACCAAGGAGGACAACCGUGCGGUGCGUAACAUCCCUGAGGACGAACAACUCCACGUCCUACCCCUCUAUAAGAUCUCACAGAGGGAUGAGUUUGGCCGUGUCCAUGGCCAGUGGGACAAGAUCCAGACUGGAGCCCUGCAGGUGCUGUCAGCCUUCCCCAGAGAGGUGCGUCUGCUGGCUGAGCCGGUCAAAUCAGCCCGUAAGAGGAAGCAGGAGGCCAAGCUGAAGGCCCAGGCUGACAAACAAGCUGCAGCUCAGGACAGGAAGCCUGGACAGAGUCCACUAACCCCGGGCAAGGUCAAGACAGAGAGCACCAACAAAGGUACCAAAAGCACUUCUUCAGCGGAUCAGUCCUCCUCCUUCAAAACAGAGCCUCAGUCCUUCUACAGCUCUUACACAACAGGAAGUGUGGGUGCCUAUGCACCAGAGUCUAACUCCCCCAGCCCUUACCACCACAGCACCUCCACCUACCCCACUCCUCCAGGAAGAUCCACCCCAGGGAUAGAGGCUCUUUCCCCCCAUCGUCCCGGCAUGCCUGUCCCCCAGUACAGGGACAGAGGGCCACCAGGGGCCCAGUGCAAUGGUUCCCCCCUCCAUUACGAGGCAAUGGGAGCGGCUGUAAAUGGUUACUCCCCAGGACUCAGUAGAAAGCAGCUGGCGGACCCUGAGGGAUGUGGGACCCCUGGCAACUACCCCCCCAGGAAGUUUGAAAUGGAGCCCAACGAGGUGCACUGCUCCCCUCUCCUCAGACCCCCCCACGGCCACAACAAUCCUCCUCCAUCCUCCUCCUCCUUCUCCUUCCCCCUACCCCACCCAGAGGGCCUCCACAGCAGACUCAACGGGCUCCUCAGGGCGGCGGAGGAGAUGGGGGUCAGGGACGGGGUUAAAGGUCAUGGAGGUCAUGACCUCCCCCACGGUGCCCCCCAUCCCCCUCAUCUCCCCCCUCAGGCCCCUCCCCCUCUCUUCCCCAACCCAGAAGAGGUCAAACAGGAACAGGAAGAGGUGUGGUCAGACAGUGAGCACAACUUCCUGGACAGUGACAUCGGCGGGGUGGCGGUAGCUCCCUCCCACGGUUCCAUCCUGAUCGAGUGCGCCCGCAGAGAGCUCCACGCCACCACCCCCAUCCUCCGACCCGACCGCAGCCACCCCACCCGCAUCUCCCUGGUCUUCUACCAGCACAAGUCCCUCAACGAGCCCGACCACGGCCUGCACAUGUGGGAGGCCAAGAUGGCCCGGAGGGAGCGGGAGAGGGAGGAGGAGGCUGAGAGGCUGGGGAUGGGCCUGGACCUGGAAGAGGUUAGCCCUGUCAAGAGGAAGAGGGAGAGGGGGAAGGGGGACGGGGGAGAGAGUGUGGAGCCUGAGGAGGAGGGAGAGGAGGAGGGCCCGGAGGAGAAGAAGGGGGUGUUGAAGGUUCCUACCCGGCAGGUGGUGACUGUCCCGCGGGAUGGGGUGGUCACUGUGUCCCCUUACGCUCUGACACAGGUCACGGGCCCCUACAACCGCUGGACAUGAUACUGUUAUGUACACACACGUACACAAGCACACACUCACACACAGACACAUACAGCGAUUACAUUUGAACACACACACACACACCACCCUACACACACACACACCACCCUGUGCUACUGCCUUACCUCAAUCAACUUUACACUUCUACUCUCGUUUUUAUGUGUUAUUUCGUUGUGUUACUUUUUCCAAACGUCUGUCUGUUUAUUUUUGUUUCUCUUCGUCUCUGCUUUUAAAGUGAUGAGGAAGACUAUCGUUUGUGAGGUUUUAACUGUGAGUUUUAGUGUUUGAUGAUGAUUUUUGGGGUCUGGUUUUUCAUGUAAAGAGAUGGUGCUCAGAACCAAUUUUAAAUAGGUUUUUUAAUUGGUUUUAAAUACAACUUGAUUAAUAAGAACAAACAAGAUGUGAUUAUUUAUUCUGAUCAUUUUUUUAAAUAUAUUUUUUUAUUUUAUUUCUUGAUGCAAGCCUGUUUACUGCAAUGUUGCUGUCAUCUAGCAUUUUACACUAGUAAACACUCAUGUCAAGUCUCUAUGGUCUUUGUUUCAGCCAAGAGUGCUCUUUUAACAAAAUGAGUUUUAUCAAUGAUUGAUCAUAUAAUGGUGCCAUUUGUAGCAGCAACUUUCGAUAAACAGACCACAUAUUACACAGUAUGUAAGACUAGACUACACACAUUUACUCUAGUUUUAUGUGAAAAUAAUGUACCCAUGUAGCAUGGUGCUUUUCCUUCUCUUUCCAUUCCUCUAUUGGUGGUCAUGAAGGAACUUUACUACCUUGUUUUGGGCUGGAUCAUUUUUGUCUUUUUGUUAAGCGUACAGAUAUAUGAUGACAUAUUGAAAAAGCACUUUUUUAUUUUUCAUAACUUGAAAAAGGUCCCGUUCCAAUAUGUACAGAUAGAGAGAUAUAUCUGACAGCUUGUGUGAAACCUGUUUAUUUUUUUUUGUAGAAUGAUUUAAUUCAACAAUGAAUUUUUAACAUUAUAAAUUACAUAUCAGUCUCACACAAAAAACAGGCUUACUAAGCAAUUAUGAAAUGCUGCAUAUAAAGAUUGUGGUGCUUGUUGUCAACGACACUUCAUUUAUAUAAAUCUGGAUAACCAUGUACGGUAUGUUCACUGAAGACUUGGGUUCAAAUACAUGUGUAUUUGAGUAUCUGGUAUUUAAAAUGCUUUUUUCUGUGUAUUUGAGUAUUUUCAAAAUACACAGCCCAAAAUAAGUACUUUUAUUUGAGUAUUUGAAUGGUUGAUUGUAAAAAAACAAAUAGUCUACCAAAUUGUAUUUGAGAGUAUUUUCAAAUACUUAUGUAAAAUACUAUUUUCAAAUACCUGGGUUAAAUGCAUGGGAAUGUAUUUGCGUCAGUGUAUUUGAGUAUUUUCAAAUACUUUCCAAAUUUCCAAAUACAACUACUUGUCUUUUCAAAAAAUUACUUUGAAUGUAUGUGAAAGUAAUUGAGAUAUUUGAAAUAGUAUUUUAACCCAGGUCUGGUUCACUGUCUGAACUUCCAGAGUGUUUUAAAUAGGACAUGUCUGUUUUUGAUACAGACACUAAAAAGACCACAUAAAACCUGUUCAGAAAUGGUGACUAUAUUACUGUAUGUUUCUUACAGGCGCUAACAACAUCUCUAUCCUCUCUUUUUAACUGACUAGGGCAUUGAUUGACAGUUAUGUUUGUCCUUAUGCUGGGUAUAAAUACAUUAUACAAGUGGAGAGAAAACCAACCAAACCCUUUGUUGUUUCUCAUUGCCUCAUCUUUACUUUCUGGGUGAAGCUGCUCUGACAGAAUACAACACUCCUCAGAUCGUUUCUGGUGCUGUAACAGUUUUGAAACGUUGUUUACAUACCAUUUACAUAACUGUUUCACAUGGGGUUCUGAAUGUGGCAUACAGGGUUGGGGUCAACUCGUGUCAUUUCAUAAAAUAACUGUAAUAUUCUAAGAGAAUUUUCCAAUUCAACCUUAUUCAUUCAAGUUCAUUUUAAACCCUGGAUAAAAGGCUGUUGAAAUGGAAUCGACCUCGAUGCUUGUGGCAUACUGUUUCAGUGUCGAAUUUAGUUACUUUCUGAUGGUGCUAACUCGUCAAAAUGUGAUACUGCACUGACAAAGCCUGUGUAUAUUCUAAGGGUGAUGUUAUGAUGCUUUUUGCAUGACUAGCAUUUACUGUUUCCCUUCUAGAUGGGCAUGCCAUAGCUUUGUGCUCUACCGUCUCUGUCCUGAAUGCAUUAUGUACUACAGUACUUCAAUUUUGUCAUUGGUCAACUUGAUCAGAGUUAGAGUAGCAUCAAUUCUCUGCAUCUUUUCAUUUACAUUUUACAUUUUAGUCAUUUAGCAGAUGCUCUUAUCCAGAGCGACUUACAGUUAGUGAGUGCAUACAUUUUUCAUCAUAAGUUCUAGGUCUAUCACGUAUUGAGUCAGACAGUAGACCUCUUCAAUAUACAGUAUAAACCUGCUUUUGAUAGGGGCAACCAUGUUGGGUAUUCAUCAAUGCUCACGUUAGUCCAUCAUAACCAUGUAAUAAUGGGCCCAUUCACUAAUAUUACAAUUGACUAGGUAUCUGUUGUAUUGAUCUGUCUCAGUAUAGGCUGGAUCUAAUGCAGCUCAAUGCAGAUAAAGCAAAUGUCACUGGUGCUUUCAUUUGACUAAUACACAGAUCUGGAGAUAUGUUUUUGUUUGACUUUUGUCAUAUUUUUUUCUGUUUUUUUUCUCUUUGUUUCUCAGGUGUGAGGUUGUUCAUUUACCCAGGCUUCAACCCAACUAGGGCAUACACAGUCUCCUAACACAACUCUCUUUCUUCCAAUAAUGUCGUCAACAGAUUGACAAAGUCAAACCAUAUACUUAGAUUUUUCCUCUGAGAUAAACGUUGACACAUAGAUUGAAUGCAUUUUAUACAAAGUAGCUGCAGUACAUAUAUAGUCUAUUACAAUAUAUUGAAUGUAGGCCGUUGAAAGUUACUGAUGUGGUAGAAAACAGUCACUUUAAAACGUUUCCAGCUAUACAUAAGACAGUUUGUAAGAUAAUAAACUUUUGUAAUUGCUUCACUUGAAGAUUUCUUGGUUCUACCAUUAUGUGUGACUUGAAAACUGUGGUAACCUACGUGUAGAUCAAGGAGGAAAAACUAGCACCAGCAUUUUAAAACUCAAUAGUUUUUAUUGGAAUAAAACUGUAUAAAAUACACAUUUCAUGUGGAAUAAAACUGUAUAAAAUUCACAUUUCAUGUGGAAUAAAACUGUAUAAAAUACACAUUUCAUGUGAAACUGACAGUUUUACUGUACUAUUCAUGGUUUGUAGAUAACGAACAGUCUUGCUAUUUUGAAACUGAUUGACAAAAUUACUGUACAUAACUAAGAUGUAUAUCAAUUUUACAGUUUUGAGAAAAUACUAAAUUCAGCAUUCCUGUCAAUGGCUAGCUACCCCCUGGUGAUUUUGAAAUAAAUAUGUAUUUAUAUUUUGGA